UCGCUGGUUCUAUGUACGUUCAUGCUGUUUCCAUCUAUCUCGAUCCAGCUACUAGACUGUCUCGACAUGUACCUUUUUCGGAUCCCAGCCCUUGAUUUUUUUUUUGGUAUAUAAACCGGAGUUAUUCUCGUUGGUCUUAGGCCCCGACACCUCAAUCGUACCUUCAUCACUGCGUCUUGAAUUAUUGUCUAACCACUCAUGGCUGGAGGUCCAGUAGCUAGCGGCCCCGGUAUUGGGGCCAACGCACCAAAGAACAAGCUCGCAGGCAUCGUCAUGGUCUGCUUUUCUGCCUUUGGCGGUAUCCUCUUCGGUUAUGACACUGGUGUAAUCAGCGGGGUCAUAGGGAUGAAUGACUGGCUUCACACUUUCGGGCACCCGACAGGCGAUGCUGAUGGUUCCUACGCCAUCUCUUCUUCUACUGAGUCCCUCGUCGUUUCAAUCCUGUCUGCUGGAACCUUCUUUGGUGCCCUCGCUGGUGCCCCAGUCGCUGACUAUAUCGGAAGGAAAUGGGGUAUCGUUUUUGCGUGCCUCGUGUUCUCUGUCGGUGUGGCCAUGCAGACAGCGUCUACUGCCAUCCCUCUAUUCGUUGUUGGUCGAGUAUUCGCUGGUCUCGGAGUCGGUCUCGUUUCUUGCUUGGCGCCAAUGUACCAGUCUGAGACCGCGCCAAAAUGGAUUCGUGGUGCUGUCGUAUCCUUGUAUCAAUUUUCAAUCACCGUUGGCCUCCUCCUCGCUAACGUCAUCAAUAACGCCACACAUAACUAUACGAGUCACGCCUCCUAUCGUAUCCCGACCGCAGUCCAAUUCAUAUGGGCGUUUGUUCUUGCUUCUGGAAUGGUUUUCCUCCCCGAAUCCCCGCGGUGGUUGAUCAAGAAAGGCAGGGAUGAUCAGGCGGCUGUCUCGCUCAGCCGUCUUACUGGCCUCCCCGCCGACCACCCUGACCUUGAGGCCGAUCUCAUCGAGAUUCGUGCUAACCUCGAAGAAGAACAGGCUAUGGGCGAGAAGUCUUAUCUUGACUGUUUCCGCAACACCAAAAAUAAGAUGGCCCUGCGAACCUGGACAGGUAUCUCAAUUCAGGCAUGGCAACAAUUGACUGGAAUUAACUUCAUUUUCUAUUACGGCACGACAUUCUUCAAAAACUCGGGAGUACAGUCUGCGUUUUUGAUUAGUAUCGCUAUUGCCAUUGUUAACGUCUUUAUGACCAUUCCCGCUCUCUACGGCGUAGAGAGAGUGGGCCGUCGUACCCUUCUACUUUACGGGGCUGCCGGCAUGUGCAUCUGCGAAUUCAUUGUCGCAAUCGUCGGCGUUACCAUCUCCACGGACAAUAUUACUGGUCAGAGAUGUCUUAUUGCCUUUGUCUGCAUCUACAUCGCCUUCUUCGCAUCGACAUGGGGUCCUAUUGCCUGGGUCAUUACCGGAGAGAUCUUCCCUCUGGAAGUUCGUGCCAAGGCGAUGUCGCUCUCCGUGGCAAGCAACUGGCUGUGGAAUUUUGCUAUCGGUUACGCCACACCCUACCUUGUCAACUCCGGCGCCGGAAAUGCAAACUUGGGGUCAAAGGUUUUCUUCAUCUGGGGAAGCACCUGUGCAUGCUGCGUUAUCUUCACGUACUUCUUUAUCCCUGAGACCAAGGGACUGUCGCUCGAACAGAUUGAUCUGAUGUAUCAGCACACGAUGCCCGUGAACUCACUGAGAUACCGGGCGAGACUCAUUGCGGAAGGUCAAGAUCUCAAACAUGAUAUCGACCACAGGGAGGACGCUUCGGAGGAGAAACCACGGGUUUAAUGCAUGGAAGGACACGCUUUUUUUCUCUUUUGCUUUGGAUGAUUCUGUACUCUGAAAGGGUUUUGUGACGCUCAUGAACCUGUAAAAACAUACCUUGUAACGUGACCUACGAUUAAUGAGAAAUAAUUCAAAUUGCAAUUGCAUUACCUAAC